AUGAGCAAGUUCGACCUGGUGAUCACCAACGGCCUCGUCGCCACUGCAAGCGACAUCGGUCGCUUUGACAUUGGAAUCAAGGAUGGCAAGAUCAGUUGUCUCGCACCGACGUUUGAACCCGGGGACCUUGAGGGUGUGGAGGUUAUCGACGCUGAGGGCGCAUAUGUCAUGCCAGGCGGUAUCGACGGCCACGUCCACCUGUCACAAGAUUUGAACAGCGGUCCGAACGGUGUCGGUGGCCGCUGUGCGGACGACUUUGAGACGGGUUCCAGGAGUGCCGCAGCAGGAGGCACGACUACAGUCGUCACAUUUGCGCCACAGACCCGCGCAGAGGAAGACCGAUCUCUCAUCGCUUGCGUCGAACGGUACGCUGCCAAGGCUACUGCGACCGGCUCGUACGUCGACUAUGGCUUCCACGUGUACAUUGUGCGCAACGACCCAGAGAUUCUACGUGACGAGCUCCCCAUUUUGGUGAACGAGUGGGGUGUUACGAGUUGCAAAGUGUUCAUGACUUACGAACCGAUCCGGCUGGGGGAUAGGGCUCUCCUCGACGUCAUGUUCGCUGCCAGAAAGAACAAGCUUACAACGCUUGUUCAUGCGGAGAAUGGCGACAUGAUUGAGUGGCUUACAGAGAAACUUGAGGAAAAGGGCAUGCUUGCGCCUUGGUACCACGCUCUUUCCCGACCAACCAUUGCCGCAAGCGAGGCUACGAGCAGAGCCAUUUCACUGGCCCAUUUGGUUCAAAACCCAAUCCUCUUCGUCCAUGUUGGCUCUUCAAUGGCUGCCGAGCACAUUCGGGAAGCUCAGUCCAGGGGUCUUCCUAUCUACGCCGAAACGUGUCCACAGUACUUCAACCUUACUUGGGACGACUUGGCUGUGGGCAUCACCGAACAUGAGGCAAGCAUGGAGGGCGAGGUCUGGGAGCAAGAGUGUCACCACCAGCAGGAGCCGCAUGCUCAUGAGACGUGCGUCGAGCCCGCGAAACUCACCUCCCUCUUGGAGCGAAAGACUGGGGCUUUCAAGUACAUUCCCAACGGCAUUCCGGGCGUAGAGACAAGACUCCCGCUCCUGUACACUGCUGGUCUCCUCGAGGGCCACAUCACUCCGCAAAAGUUCGUGGAGAUCACCUCGACCAAUCCCGCCAAGAUCUAUGGGCUGUAUCCGCGCAAGGGAGCAAUUAUGCCUGGCUCGGACGCGGAUCUUGUGAUUUGGCACCCAGACAAGUCGUUCAAGUCGUUCAAGCUACAAAACGACAUGCUCCACCAUAACGUCGACUACUCCCCCUACGAGGGUCAGGAGUUCCGCAACUGGCCACGCUACACCAUCCUUCGCGGCAAGGCCGUCUUCGCAAAUGGAGAGCUUGUGGGAGAGUGUGGCUAUGGACAGUACCUCAAGCGGGGGCCAAGUGUACUUCCUGGGUACCUUCCGGGACAGGAGAAGAUCGUGAGGCAUGUUGCUGGUUGGCUGUACGACUAG